UUCGCUGUCUGUGGUGCUGAAGCUGCGCGUGCCGAAGGGUCGAGCGCAAAACGGAGAAAACAAUCGGGUCAGUCUCCUCCUCCUGCAUCCCUCCCUGCAAAGCCAUUGAGCGAGGUGCGAGUGAGCGAGACAAAAGGAAACGCGGGACAGAGCAGGAAAGCAGUCCAUACAAGCUGGUUGCCAUUUGUCUUUUUUUUUGUUGAGACUUGAUUUGUUUCUAUUUUUUAUUUUAUUUGUGUCGGUUAAAAUUGUGAAAGCUUUCCCUUUGUAUUUGUCACCGGUUUUCCCCCAUCUCCGCUUGCAUCGCAUCCUUUAUGCACGGCACGCUGCUCCAGUACUACCAGCGAAAACAAGCGUUAGUGUCGGAACAGCAUGGCCCGCUACUGUCGCGCGAACUGAGAGACAUGGAUGCAAAGCAGCACUCGAUCAAGAGCCUGAAAAGCUACCCGGAGGCGGGGGGCCGGAGCCUGGCAGCGGCGGCGGGUGGGGACGUUGGCGGCGGAGGCGUAGGAUACCGUGCCGGCGCGCCGGAGGUGGAGAUGGAGGUGAAGAUACAGAAAGCGGUGGACUUUAAGGUGGAGGGUCACCGUUGCUACAAAGAGAAGAAAUUCAGGGAAGCGAUAGGGAAGUACCACCGGGCUCUGCUGCAGCUGAAAGGGGUGCAUGUAGUUGAGGGGACCACGGGCUCCGAGGUCAACCUGCUGAACCAAGCCACAGCCAAGCUUACCGAGGAUCAGCGGAGAGUCGUGGAGAGCACGGAGAUCGAAUGUUACGACAGCCUGACAGCGUGCCUGCUGCAGUCAGAGCUGGUGAACUACGAGCGCGUUAAGGAGUACUGCCUGAAGGUGCUGAGCCAUCAGCAGGACCACUUCAAGGCCAUGUACCGCGCCGGCAUCGCCUUCUACCACCUGGGGGACUACGACCGCGCCCUGCGCUACUUGCGUGACGCCAAGAACCGCGAGCCCACAGACACUAACGUUUUGAGGUACAUCCAGUUGACGGAGAUGAAGAUGAGCAAGAGUGGCCAGCGAGAGCGGGAGAGUGGUGGCAAAGAAACCGUGGGUUAGGCUAAUCACCUUGCCAGGCCCAUUUUCCUGUCCCUGCCGAAAAAAAUCCCCCACCCUGACCCCCGCUCCCGCCAAAUCCCUGACCCAAGAACUGUUGCCUUGACUCCUGGUGCCCGCUUAAGGCGGACAUGCAAAGGGGCUUGCCCCUCUCUAGUGCACUUUGGGGCAAGAACCCAGGCGCAAACUGAUUCAAACAAGACAAACCAACAAAAACUGAGGAAAAUGCAGUAAUUAAAGGGAAACAAUAAUCAUGAUGAGAAUGAUACUGCAAAAAAAAACAAAAAA